AUGCGGAUCCCCUUCCUCGCGCAGAAGCCGACAGCUUCGUCUCUGCCACCUUCCCCUCAUGCCGAUGAGAAGACCCAACACUACCAGAACUAUCCCGGCGCAAACGAUGCAUACCCCGUCACUAGCCACUACGAUGAUCACCUUCAUGUUCAAUGUCCACCGCACACUACCGAGAGAAAACUAUUAAUGAAAAUUGACCUUCACGUCAUACCAGUACUGUGUAUUCUCUACCUGUUGGYCUUCCUGGACCGUGUCAACAUCUCAAAUGCCAAUGUAUUUGGUCUUUCCAAAGAUCUCAAGCUCAAGGGUAAUGAAUACAACACGGCGCUCGUGAUAUUCUUCGUCCCGUACAUACUGCUGGAGAUCCCGUCGAACGUUCUACUGAAGAAAUUCAAGCCCCAUGUCUGGCUCAGUGCCAAUAUGGCUUUGUUCGGACUCGUGACCUUCGCACAGGGGUUCGUUACUAGCUACUCUGGACUGCUUGCGACUCGAUUCUUCCUCGGUGUCUUCGAAGCGGGGAUGUUUCCGGGGUGCUUUUACAUAGUAGGUAUGUGGUAUCGGCGACAUGAAGCUCAAAAGAGAUACACUUUCUUCUUCAGCUCGACCACGCUGGCGGGAGCAUUUGGUGGUUUGCUGGCUGCUGCGAUAGGGAAGAUGUCAGGUAUUCACAACUACGCCGGAUGGAGAUGGCUUUUCAUACUGGAGGGAGGACUCACAUUCGUUGUGGGAAUUGCCUUCUUUUUCGUGAUCCCUWCCUUCCCUGAGCAGGCGAAAUGGCUCAAUCAGGAAGAAAAGGAGUACGUUGCUGCCAGACUACGCAUCGACCAAGGAAAAUCUGCUGUCGAGCGCUCGAUAAAGCUCAAAGAUGUUGGGAGAGUUUUCAAAGACUUCAAAGUUGUCGUUGCUGGGUUCAUGUACUUCGGACUUGUUGUACCUGCAUACAGCUAUGCGUACUUUGCCCCGGGUAUCAUCCAGACCUACGGCUACAGUCCGAUCCAGACGCAACUUCGCUCCGUACCGCCUUGGKCAGCGGCGUUUGGAUUCGCAAUGUUACUUGCUACAUUGUCAGACGCRUCAAAACAUCGAUUUGCGUAUGCAGUCUUCGCCAUUUGUGUUGGUAUCGUGGGAUUCGCCAUCCUGAUCAGCGUUCACGACAACACKAACCUGCAGUACGGCGCUCUAUUCCUCAUCACAAGCGGCGUGUACAGUGCCAUGCCAAUCGUCGUCUGCUGGUUUAACAUGAAUCUGGGCGGUCACCAUAGGCGAUCCGUGGGCAGUGCAUGGCAGGUCGGGUUCGGUAACAUUGGCGGCAUUGUUGCAGUCUUCAGCUUCCUGAAGGAAGACGGGCCAAAGUUCAUCCCAGGGUUUUCCAUCUGCAUCGCCUUCACCAUCUUGAGUAUUGUUGCUUGCAUCAUCUACGGCACUGCAUGUUAUUUGGAGAACAGGCAAAAGGAUAGCGCAGGAGUCGAUCCCAAUUUGACGGAAGAGCAGAAGACAGGGAUGGGCGACAAGAGUCCCGAGUAUCGUUACCUCUUGUAA